AUGGGUCGCGGAAGGACGCUCGAGUAUCCCAAGACCCCGGUCAACAAGGUCAACCGGUACAAUCAACGAGCGACCUAUGACCUCGAGCAAAUCCAUGGCAUCAUCAACACCAGCAGCGUGGUGCACGUCUCGUUCAACACGCCCGAUCCGAGCAAUCCUUUCCCCGUGACGCUGCCGAUGGUCGGGGUCGCAGCCAGUUACGAACACCCGUCAGCCUCGCUCGGCGAACCACUCGACAUCUACCUGCACGGCUACGUGAGCAGCCGGCUGAUGAACCUUUCUCGCAACGCCGAAACCGAAUCCAAAACCAAUACUCCUGACGCCUCCGCCUCUCCCACAGGUCUCCCCGUCACCAUCUCCGCGACCAAGGUGGAUGGGCUGAUCCUCACGCUGACGCCCAAUACACACGACAUCAACUACCGCUCGGCGAUCGUGUACGGAUAUGCCAGCCUGGUCACCGACGUGGGCGAGAAGCUGUGGGCUAUGGAGCAGGUGACCAACUCGGUGCUACGGGCGCGCUGGCGGUUCACGCGCGUGCCGCCCGACUCGGCCGAAAUGCAGAGCACAUCGAUCCUGCGCGUCAGCGUCGUCGGCGGCAGCGGGAAGAUCCGCGUCGGCGGCCCGCGCGACGAACAGAAGGACCUGGUCCGGGACGACCUGCGCGAGAAUAUCUGGACCGGUGUCGUGCCCGUCUAUGAGUGUCUCGGCGAGCCUGUUCCGCAUAAAGGGAACAGAGUCAAGGAUGUGCCUGCCCACGUACUAGAAUAUGUGACGGAGAUGAGGGAGGCAAAUGAGAAGUAUGCCGCCGAUGCAAUUGCUGAUCAAUCCCAAGAUUGA